AUGGAAAAGUGUCUUCUUCUCUGCCUCCUUUUGUUUACCGCUUCUAGUUACGUCUCGGCUCAAUACUAUUCACCAAAUACCCUAGCGUCAAGGGUGACCAAGAACCCAAUCUUACCCAUCUUCACCUUUACGCUCAACACAAACGAAGAGUUCUUCAUCCACAUCGCCGGACCAUACCUCGUCCGCAGCUGCAAUGACGGUCUUCCUCGUCCCACAGUCCCUUGCGGCUCCGCCACGUGUGCUCUCACUCGUAGAUUCAACCCUCACCAGUGUCCUCCUACACAAAACACAUUCAUCAAUAGAAGAUGUGCUUGCCAAGCAACCGCCUUCGAGCCAUUCCAACGUCGAUGUAACUCUAACCAAUACACCUAUGGAGAUUUCUCCAUGUCUUCCUUAAACCCUAGAUCUCCUUCGGUCACAUUCAAGAACGUGAAUUACCUAUGUAUCCCCCAGCCUUUCCUCCGCGACUUCCCUCCUGGAGUUUUGGGCCUCGCUGGGCUUGCACCCACGGCUCUCUCCACAUGGAACCAGCUGACUCGACCUAGGCUCGGGCUCGAGAAGAAAUUCGCCUUGUGUUUGCCUUCUGAUGAAAACCCUUCGAACCAAGGUGCUAUUUUCUUUGGUGGAGGACCGUACAAGCUAAGAAACGUUGAUGCAAGAUCCAUGCUCUCUUACACUCGAUUGAUCAAGAACCCUAGAAGACUCAACAACUAUUUCUUGAGGCUCAAGGGUAUUUCUGUAAACGGGUAUUUCUUGAGGCUUGCCCAAAACGCUUUUGAUUUCGACGGCAAGGGUGAUGGAGGCGUGACUCUGAGCACCGUAACCCCUUUCACUACGUUACGAAGCGAUAUCUACAAAGUCUUUAUUGAAGCAUUCUCAAAAGCCACAUCAGAUAUUCCACGUGUCAAUAGCACGACCCCCUUGGAGUUUUGUCUCAAGUCAACGAACCAUUUCCAAGUGCCUAGCAUCGAUUUAAAAUUCGCUGAUGGGAAGAUUUGGAAAGUGUCUGCCGCAAACUCGAUGAAGAAAGUCAGUGAUGACGUGGCUUGCUUGGCUUUCUUGAACGGAGGAGAUGCGGCGGCGCAGGCGGUGGUGAUCGGAAUGCAUCAGAUGGAAAACACUUUGGUGGAGUUUGAUGUUGGGAGAUCUGCUUUUGGAUUUAGCUGUUCUUUGGGUUUGGUCAACGCUUCGUGCGGUGACUUUCAAACACGGCUAUGA